CGUAGCAAAAAUGAUAAAAUUAUAGCUGAAUUCGCAAGGUCGGUUGCGUUUAUUAAAUGUGCUUUAGUAACGCGCCGUUUCACAGCCGGGGAGGGUUUCGUGGCGCUGUGUAUCGGUGUCGCGUGCCCCAGUUUGGUUAGAGCGCGCGCGGUCCCGUUGUCCCAGUUCAUGGUUUCCCCCCGGAAGGCGGAUCCCGCGGAACCCAAAUAGCCACGUAGAGGAAAAAGGGAGAGAGGCGUUCGGGAGACUUGCUCAAGCAGAGAGGUAAAUGGUGUGAGGAAACCAAUACCUUUCCAUGGACAGCUCAUCACCGUGUGUGUGACUUGAAACUGGCCUUUCUUAUCAAAUGGAAAACGGCCGAGCAGUACUUGCAACAAUGGAAAUCGAUGGUGAACAGCAAAACAUGCCCGCGCACACCAAAAAGAGUACCGUGCAAACGGCCAGUGAUGGCACGUGCUUGCCGAAACAGGAGUUGGUGGGAAAACUGGCUUCCAUGGGGGAUUUAGCUAAUGGUCCCGUCCAAGAGGCUGUGCCAAAUGGAGAUGGAGUGGCUGUGGCGGCUCCGGCAGCUGACAUGGACAGCUGCCUGAAUGGCCCCCUGCCCCCCGGGGACACAGGCCCCACUCCCAGCCCCCAGACCAAAGAGCUGCCCACAGGUGUGGCCGCUUUCUGUCGCAGCCUAGAGAGGGAGUCUCAGGGCUCUAAUGCCCAGGGCACUGUUCACAAGGGUGAUGCACUGCAGUCACUCAGACUGAGUAUACCUAUGCAGGAGACUGAAUUGUCAUCCCUGGAGCCAUCCUUGGAACUGGAGAAUGAGGAGCAGAUCCGUUUGGCUGCUCGCCGCCGCCUGGAAGAGCAGCUCAAACAGUACAGGGUGAAGCGGCACCAGGAGAGGUCAAAUCACUCCACACCCAAAAACCGGCCCUUUAGCACCCUGGACCCAGAGCUGAUGCUACAUCCUGAAGCACUCCCUCGAGCCAGUGCUGUCUCCAUGACAAAGGAGUACUCCUUCCUGCGGACAAACGUUCCCAGGGGGCCUAAACUUGGAAGCCUAGGUAUUCCCAGCUCCAGGGAGAGGAAAUCAAAGUCCCAUGGUGGAAAGAUCCAUUCCCUGGCAGAUUACAGAACCCCUGAGGCAGCAAGUUCAGGAGGCAGGGCAUCGGUGACAGACACCUCCUCAGGGUCACUGCAGUCUAACAGAAGUGCAUCAACCACUGUAUCAGAGGUCAGCAUCGCUGUCUCUGAGUCAGAGGAGUUGCCAGGAAAUGCCCGACAGACAGGAGAUGCAGCUUCUGAGGUAGAUGGCAGUGAGUGGGGUACAAGGCUGGAUGGGAAUGACAGUGAUAGCUCAUCCUACAGCAGUGCCUCAGCAACAGGGUCAUACAGCACAAAGGCACUAGCAAUGUUAGCCAGACAGAAGGCACCCUACACUGUGGAUGGCCGGGAGGUUGCCCCUGAGGCCGUCGGCCAGUACCCAUCCCUGCAGGAAGUGCUGCAAGCAGCCACAAAUGAACAACGCCUACUGGAGCAGGAGGGUAGCGGGGAGCCACGCAGCCGGAGGGACAGCUUUUCCAGCAGUGUGUCGAUGGGAAGUUCUGUAAUGGGGAGUCAUGACGAAAUGCUCCAGGUGCUGAAAGAGAAGAUGAGGCUGGAAGGCCAGCUGGAGUCCCUGUCACUGGAGGCGAAUCAGGCCCUGAAGGAAAAGACAGAACUCCAGGCCCAGCUGGCUGCAGUGAGUGCCCGGCUCGAGGACCAGGCAGAACUGGCACGAGCUAGCCAGGAGAAGCAGAGCUCCCUCACUGCAGAGGUGGGCACGCUGCGCCAGAGUUGCUCCCAGCUAGAAAAGGCCAUGGUGGAGCUCCAGAGCAACCUGGAAAGCAAGAAUGCCAGCCUGGCAUCACUGGGCACUGACCUGCAGGUUGCUGAGGAACAGUACCAGAGGCUCAUGGGAAAGGUGGAAGAGAUGCAGCAGACAGUUGCAUCCAGGGACAGGUCAGUUCAGGAGCUGAGACAGCAGAUGGGUACCAUGCAGGCCCAGCUCCAGCAAGUGCAGCUGGAGAGGAGCAACCUCCAGGCUCGACUCAAGACCUCUCAAGCUGAAAUUGCUUCCCUCCAGCAGCUCCGCCAAUGGUACCAACAGCAGCUAACGCUGGCGCAGGAGGCUCGGGUUCGACUGCAGAGCGAGAUGGCUAACAUGCAGGCUGGUAAGAUGACACAGGUGGGUGUCCUGGAACACUUGAAGCUGGAGAAUGUGACCUUGUCCCACCAGCUCACUGAGACACAGCAGAGAUCCAUUAAGGAGAAGGAACGCAUUGCCGCGCAACUGCAGAGCAUUGAGGCUGACAUGCUUGACCAAGAGGCAGCCUUCAGACAGAUACGGGAUGCUAAGUCCAUGGUGGAAGAUGACCUGCAGCACAAGCUGGAAGAAUUCGAGGAGGAACGAGAACGGCUGCAGAAGCUGGCCAACUCAGCCAGCUCCUUAGAGAGGGAACUAGAGCAGGUGAGGUUGACGCUUUCCCAGAAGGACCUUCAGUUGGAGGCCCUGCAGCAGGAACAUCUGGACCUGAUGAGACAGCUGACAAGUGCCCAGGAGAACCUCCAGACCAAAGAACAAUCCCUCAACCAGCUGGAAGUUCGCUACCUGGAGCUGGAAGCCCAGCUUGCCGAGGUGCAAACGGAUGCAUCAGCCAAGGAAGACACAAUUCAAUACUUGCAGAAUGAGAAGAUUGUGCUGGAGGUGGCUCUGCAAGCUGCCCGGGCUGACAAGGGCGAGCUGGAUGAAGGGGCGCAGCGGCUAGGGGAAGGUGUGUUGGUGGCAGGUGAUGUCCUGAACCAAAUCCGUCAGGAAGUCCAGGUCAAAGUUUCCCAGAUUGAGACAAUGCAAAAGGAAAACAGCACCCUGAAGAAACAAGCUCAGAAGCUGAAAGAGCAGUACAUGCAACAAAAGGUGAUGGUGGAAGCCUAUCGGCGAGAUGCCAGCUCCAAAGAUCAGCUGAUCAGCGAACUGAAAGCAACCAAAAAGCGCCUGCUAUCGGAGGCGAAGGAGCUGAGGCAGGAGCUACUGAAUGCGCAGGGGGAGAAGAAGGCGGCAGAGCUUGAGCAAGAUCGGCUGCAAAAGGAGGUUGUCCGGCUCCAGGAGCAGAUGUGCAGCCUGGAAGAGCACUUGCACGCCAUCCAGAGUGAGAGAGACCAGCUAGAGACCCAAAUCCAGUCAGUGCAGCUUGAGCAGAGCCAGUUAGCAGCUGUAACUGAGGAGAAUGAGGGGCUCAGAAAGCAGCUGGAGCAAAUGCAGCAAGAUGCCAAAAAGGCCUUUUCGGAGCAAAAGGUGAGAAUGAAACGGCUGGGAACUGAUUUGACAAGCGCACAAAAGGAGAUGAAGGCCAAGCACAAGGCCUACGAGACUGCUGUUGGCAUCCUGAGCCGCAGGUUGCAAGAAGCCCUUACGGACAAGGAGACUGCUGAAGCAGAACUGAGCAAACUCAAGGCACAAGUCACAGAUGGAGGGAACAACCAGGCCUUGCAAGCCAGAAUUGAAUCUCUGCAGACUGAACUUCAGACAGUCACUCAGAGCAAGGCUGCUUUGGAGAAGGAACUACAGGAGGUCAUCUCGCUGACUAGUACGGAAUUGGAGGAGUACCAGGAGAAGAUACUGGAGCUGGAAGAUGAGCUUCAGGAGUCACGAUGCUUUAAGAAGAGAAUCCGCCGGCUGGAAGAGAUCAACAAGAAGCUUGCACUGGAGCUGGAGCACGAGAAAGGGAAGUUGACAGGAUUGGGGCAGUCCCACAAUGCAUUGCGUGAGCAUGCCAACAUCUUGGAAACGGCUUUGGCCAAAAGGGAAGCAGACCUGGUCCAACUCAAUUUGCAGGUUCAAGCUGUUUUGAAACGUAAGGAAGAGGAAGAUCAGCAGAUGAAACAACUGGUUUCAAAGCUACAGGAGGCUUUGGAGAAAGAGAAGGCCAAAGUUAAAGAUCUGAAAGAUCAGGUGGCUGCGGCCAAAGCAGAGGUAGCUCACAAUCGCCGACACUACAGGGCGGCAGUGUUGGAGCUGGCUGAGAUCAAGAAGGACCUGCAGGCCAAAGAGGAACUGGUUAAAGCCCUUCAGAAUGAGGCCAGCAAACUACAGAGCCAGGAUGAGAAGCACUCUCAAGAGGUGUCCCACUUCCAGGAGGAGCUGGCUGAGGCUCACCUUCAGCUGCAGGUUCUACAGAAGCAGCUGGACGAGCAGCUCAAUAAGCAGCCCAUCACCAACCAAGAGGUGGAGGACCUGAAGUGGGAAUUGGAGCAGAAGCAGCGUGAAAUUGAGGCUCAGCAACAGCAGCAGGAGCUUUCAGAACAGUGCAACAGGAAGGAGAUGGAGAACCUUCAGGCAGCACUGCAGGGGAUCAAGGCAGAGCUCGAGGUGGUGCAAGAGGAGUUGAGCAGCACCAGGAAGGAUAAAUUCAUGCUGCAGGCCAAGGUGGGGGAGCUGCGCAACAGCAUGAGGACGUUGCUACAGCAGAACCAGCAACUCAAAGUGGACUUCAAGCAGAGCCGUCUGAGGAAGCAGCGAGCUGAGCUGAAGGGCGACGUGAAUGCCUCAGGCCCAGUGACCCCGGUGAAGAUCCCUGACUGUCCAGUACCCGCCGCUCUGCUGGAUGAGCUGCUCAAGCCCACAGCUUCCAUCAGCAAGGAGCCACUCAACAACCUGCACAACUGCCUGCGUCAGCUCAAACAGGAAAUGGACAGCCUUCAGAAACAGAUGGAAGAGCACACGGUUACUGUGCACCAGACCAUGUCUUCGUGGAGCAACACAGAAGAGGGGCUUAUCAGACUGGCGGUCCAUGACAGUGCCCUUCCCACCUGCUCAGAUGAGAAUGCUGGGAGUGAGCAGCAGAGGGCAUUAUAACAUACAGGAGAGAUGCACAAAAACUGAGAAGGUGGAGUUUUAUCCACCAAGGUAUCCUUUUUAUUUUAACAUUCUCUCCUUUUUCUGUGCCCAGCUAUAACUUAUUACUGCAGCCAACAUUUGGCUUACCUGAUCAAUGCGUAAAAUUCUUGGAUUGAACCAACUCUUUAUACUGGUUUUAAUCUUUAUUUGGGUAUCCUUUUCGGGAAUUGUUAAUUUUAUUAAUUUAUUAUUUAUCAAAGAUCAAGGCUAAAUGAUAACGGCUUACAGAGGGGAUUUGUUUAUUAGGUUUUUCUCGUCUUACUUGGAGUGGGCCCUGCAAAAAAGGCUUUUAAGUGUACUUGCAGUUUGUUCUUUAUUGUUUAUCAUUCAUGUUUCCUGUUGUAUGUAGCCUUCUCAGGUCUUGGUGUGUUACAUUGGAGUUUUGAAGUUUCUGUUUUUAGUUUCUGCUAAGGCUUCCACCAUUAACAUUUCGAUGUGAGACAGUGUCGCUGCUGCAGUGACUCCGAGAAGGAGGUACAGGUGCCACUUUGCACACAGAGUUGCUGAACUGUUCUUCCAUUUCCACUGUGCCUGUGGUAGGGGAUGCAGUGGGUUUGGCUUGCUUCUCCACCAUUCUCUGCUGUUCUGAGACUCUCAGAGGUCUGUGUGCCCCUUGGCUUUCUGUGAGAAACUCCUACCACUGAUGCAUUUCCUGAGUGCACAUGCAUGGCUUACACAAGUUCCCACCUGACCUGUUAUACUGCCUCAUGUUUAAGAUGUGCUUUAUCAUUUAAACUAAUCACUGUCAUAUAUUAUACUGUCCACUUCCACAGUAGGGACCGUAAGCAUUUUGCCAUGCUAAUACUCAGCUAAAUAUCUACUCAGUUUAUUUGAUAUUAAGUUAGGGCCUGUGAUAGUAAAUGUUCAGGCAGUAUUGUGAAUGGUUACAGAAAGACCUGUUCUAUUUCAGGAAUUCCAAUUUUAAAAUGAACCAUUUUUGGUUAGAAAAAAAAAAAAUGUUUGUAAGGUGUCUGUAACCUUUAGGUUAUAUUACAUAAUCAGGCUGUCUGAGGGCCCAAAUGGCUACGCUACAUACUACAUCUAAAAAUAUACACAAUAUUUGAGAGAGAUAUCAGCUUAUGUUGCACGUUAAAUGUUAGAGGGUAUAACUCAGUUGGUAAGAUGAAUAUCUCAGAGGUUAAUGUUACUGCUUUUGUGAUUGAGAGGUUUUGAAUUUAUAUUUUAGUUGUUACUACGGUAAUAUGUUCAAAAUGUAUAUUAAACGUCUUACACAGCCUUAACUAUUGUAAAAGGUAUGUGUUUGUAUUGUUGAUUAAUGUAAAAUUGAUAACUUAAUAUACAUUUUUCUGUUAAUGUAUUAUAACUGCUGUUGAAAAUUUGUGAUUGGGGUUUGACUUAUAGGAGACAGUGUAUCAGUUGCCAUAUAAAAUACAUGCCUUCCAAAUAUGGAAUUCUUCCAUGAAAAUAAAAAGGUCAACUAAGUGGUUUUGAAGGCGAUUAACAUUUCUCCACAGCAUUAUGCUUUAUAACUUACAGUGGGGAAAAAAACAAGCAUAUGCCCCCAAGAUUUUAUACAUAUGUAAAGGAAACAAGUCAAGAGUUUCCUUCUGUAAACGUAAGCGACCCAGCCACAGUCACUUGUUACUUGUCAUAAAACUGACAUGCUGGCAAGUAAUGAAUGUGUUUUCAGUAACAUGAAGGAAUGUUCUACAUGAUUUUUCCCUGUGCUGUUGCUCCCUUCUGCCAAAGCAAGACCCUCUCACUGGAAACUGUACACUUUGUAAUGUGCUGUACUGGGAGUGGCGAGGCCUGUACAUAAGUGUUUCUGCUUGAGGAAUGUUCAUUCUGCUCAUUUUUAAAGUUAAGGAAACUACUGCAUUUUGGUAGUGUUCGACAAACACACAGAGGGACGAGUUGAUUCUCAUUCCGCCAUGAAGAUGACAAAUUCCCGCCACUGCUUUAUCAUUAAAUGUUUCUAGCAAUGUUUCCUUCCAUUAGCCCAUGUUUUAAGGAGUGCAUGUGCAUAUAUCACUUGGAUUAAAUUCCAUUUAAAAAAAAGCUAUAUUCGAAAAGGUAGUCAUUUUAUUGAGGUAUGCUCUGUCCCGCCUAAACCCUUCCUCGAUAUUAAAUUGUUCGAAGUGUACCGAGGGGUAUUUAAGGUGCAUUGUUAAUGUUAACAUUUCAAUAUAGAAAUCAAAGUUAAUAAUUAUGUGUACUCCUACAAGUAAGGCCAGUUUAUACAGUUUGCUUAACUGGUUAUUUAGGCUGCUCCUUCGACAAUAUAAUGCAAUUCUGCUGUUAAAUGUAAUAUGCUAAUCCGGAGCAAAAUUCUGAGAUGCAUAAAUUCCUGAAUUGUGUGUUCUUUUUAACAUUGCGUGAAUUGCUUUUAACUGUUUAACUACUCGAUGUCAGUGUACAAGUUAAAUGCGUGCAUGUUAACAAAACAUGAAAUUCUUG